AUGAUUCCUCCUUCUGGGUCUUCUUCUUCACUGGGUUUGACUCCGACUCCAUCAUCAUUGAAUUUAUCGGAGGGCGGUGGUCAGGGAGCUGAUGAUGAGGGAAUGAUGAGAACAACCUAUGGAUCGUCUUCUUUUUUUGAUUCCCAUCUGCUAAAUUUUCCAUCGUCCGCGGAUGUGUAUCAUCAUUAUAACAAGAGAAUCAAAACAUCAUCACUUGAUGACGAUUUCGAUUAUGAAGCCUUUCCUAUGGAUACGACCACACAACAUCAAAUGUACAAGAGAAGCGUUGUUUCUCCUUUUUUAAUUUAUUUACUCAAAGGAAGUGGAAUUGUUUUAGAUUUUCCAGAUAGAGUACUCUUCGGAGAACCAAAUUCACACCCUUCUUCAACAUCAGCUUUACUGGGUCCUACAGUCAACACUGCUCUUAUCGAAUAUUUAAAGCAUGAGGGACAGGUUGAUAUGAAACAAUAUUUACCUGCUUUUCUUUCACUCUUUUUUCAAUGUAUCAAAGAGCAAUCAAAUCAUUUUUCAUCGAUUGCUACUUUCUCAAAAAUUAAAUCCACGGAUGAAUUACUCGCUGAAGACAUGGAACAUCAACAAGAGACGAAAGACAUUUUUAUGUUUGCAUUUAGAAAAACAAAUUUUUCUCCUGUUGCUGCAAGCAAUGUAACGGACCAACCUAAUGAGGUCGAUAUUGUUUUGGAUUUUCUACAUGACUUGAUUACACACGAAUAUAUGGGAGCAAUGAGUAGUACAGCCCAUUUUGUGCUUACAGAGUUAAUAAGGAUCAUGAAUGAACUUCCCAAAUCUAUUAAGCUCGAUUAUGAUAUUGAAAUAUGCAAAAGAUACCUCUCUUUUAUUAAUGACAUUUUAAAGAGUAUAUGUACUUACAGUAUUCGAUUUGCAAGUCCUUCAUCUUCAAGCAGAGGCAAGAAUGAAGAGAUAAUUUUAGAGACAUUAAUAACACUCUUCAGAGUUAUGGUAAUGUUCCUAAGUACAAACAAUAGAAGCUGUACUGGACGUGAUGAAGAGCUUAAAGUUAUUGUGAACGACUUGAUAUUUAGGGUUGCCAGCAUGAUUCCGUUUUACAAGUUAAUGACAAUGGUAUAUUCAAUGACAAAUCAAUUCUCGUCGACUCAAAUACCUCUUUCCAUAAUUCAAGAUUUGAAAGUUAAGAAACAAAAACUCGACAAGAUUUUAAGUUUUUCAUGUGAAAACUCACAGGCAUUGAUAUUCCUUCAACACAUACCUGUUUACCAUCCAAAUGUUAAUACCUACGUGAUCGAAGGAGUUGAACACGAUGUUAACUUUAAAUUUAGCUCAUCCAUUCCCAAACGUGGUUCCUCGGAAUGGAUACGACGAGUUCAAAAGUUAUGUAGUGCUCUCUCGCAACACAUUCAUCCCGACACUUUUGAAUUAAUUGUGAAGGGAGAGAGAUCAGUGAAAGCAUCUGACGAUCAAAAGAAAAAAAAGUACAAGUUUAACUUUACCUCAGACAUGAUUCAUGAAGCAAUGGUUCUUCGAAUUCUUCAAUUGCUAGACGAAAAGGAGACAUAUCCGUGUCAAUAUGAAACAAUGUUUUCUGAUGUGUCAAAAAAGCAUUUUGGGAAAAUGGAUUCUCCUUGCAAAUCAACUUGA